GCGCUUCCGGCAACAGCCGCCCCGACGCCGCAUAAAUAGCGCGGAGCCGCGCGGCGCCCGCAGCCCCGGCACCCACCGGAUCGCUGUGUUCCGCUUCGGCCCUCUCCGCGCACCGGUUCCAUAGCCCCUUCUCCCCGUUUCGGUUUUGGUCCCGUUCUGUCCCGCCGCUAUGCCGUUCCUGGGGCAGGACUGGCGCUCCCCCGGGCAGAGCUGGGUGAAGACGGCCGACGGCUGGACGCGCUUCCUCGACGAGAAGAGCGGCGGCUAUGUCGGCGACAUCAGCAGCUUUUGCAAAAAGGAUGAUCACAACAAAGAGAAUCUCUUCAACAGCCUGAACUACGAUGUUGCUGCCAAGAAGAGAAAAAAAGACCUGCUGAAUAACAAAACCAAGGUUCAAUAUUUCCAUCAGGAGAAGUGGAUCUAUGUUCACAAAGGGAGCACAAAAGAGCGCCAUGGUUACUGCACCUUGGGAGAAGCCUUCAACCGACUGGACUUCUCCAGUGCUAUCCUGGACUCCAGGAGAUUCAACUAUGUUGUGAGGCUGUUAGAGCUGAUAGCAAAGUCUCAGCUGACGUCACUGAGUGGCAUUGCCCAGAAAAACUACAUGAACAUUUUGGAAAAAGUGGUGCAGAAAGUCCUUGAAGAUCAGCAGAACAUCAGGCUAAUACGGGAAUUGCUGCAGACCCUCUAUACAUCCCUUUGCACAUUGGUUCAACGGGUUGGCAAGUCUGUCCUGGUUGGAAACAUCAACAUGUGGGUCCACAGGAUGGAGAGUAUUCUCCACUGGCAGCAGCAACUGAACAACAUUCAGAUUACCAGGCCUGCCUUUAAAGGAACCACUUUCACAGAUCUGCCAUUGUGUUUACAACUGAACAUCAUGCAGCGACUGAGUGAUGGCAGAGACCUGGUCAGCCUUGGGCAGGUGGCUCCUGACUUGCAAGUGCUCAGUGAAGACAGACUGCUGUGGAAGAAGCUCUGCCAGUACCACUUUACAGACAGACAGAUCCGCAAGCGACUCAUUUUAUCUGACAAGGGACAACUGGAUUGGAAAAAGAUGUACUUCAAGCUCAUAAGGUGUUACCCACGAAAGGAGCAGUAUGGUGACACGCUGCAGUUGUGCAGGCACUGCCACAUCCUCUCCUGGAAGGGUACUGAUCACCCUUGCACAGCCAACAACCCGGAGACUUGCUCCACCUCUCUUUCACCACAAGACUUUAUCAACUUGUUCAGAUUCUGAACUUGGGUCAUCACAGCUUCUGUGAUUCUUACAGGACACUUUACACCACUGAGCUUGGACACUCCACUUGUAAAUAGUGUAAAUAUUCAUGUGUAUUUGAAGCUCCUGAGUCAAGCAACAAGAGGAUCUCAGAGAUGAAAGGUGAAAGUGCUGACAUGCAGCACUUCAGGAAUACAGACCUCUGUAGGACUGGUGUAUAAAUGCAGCAUGUUGUACAGAGUCCCUUUUUUAUGAUCAGAGUACAAGAUACAGGGCAAAAAAACUUCACUUUUCACUUUUAGAAGUUAAAAAUGAAUUUGCCCCACAACCAUGAGAACUCUUUUAGUUUGGUUUUAAUAGAGAGAAAGCAAUAUGAGGCUAGGACUGUUGAACUGUUGAUCCACCUGGUUUUAUUUAGCAUACGUAUUUAUAAAUAUGUCGUUUUAAAAAUAUUUAUGAAAAAUAUCCCUGUGACAAGUUUAAUAAUUCUUAUAUGUUUUUAAAAUGGACACAUUUUGAAAUAGGAUAGAACUCUAGCCUACUUGUAAAAGAGAAUCGCACCAUACCACUUUCUACCUCUAAUAGAUUGAGUACCUUUCAAACAAAAAUCCAAUGGACAAUGUGAACUUUUGUAUUUUGUACAAUGAUUUAAAGGGAAAUGUUUGUGAUAGUAAGCAUCUUUUCUUGUAUUAAUGCUUACCUCUUUAUAUGAGUUUUCUUGCUAUACUCAGUGCUUGAAUGCCUAGAUACUAGGCACUAUAUAAAUACCUAAGACUUUACUCCAUCCUCUUAAUUUGUCGGUUUAAUGAAAGACUGAGCAAAAGGGAAGAGAAGCCACAGGAAAGAAGAUUAUCUAAAAGGGAGAAAGUUCUAUUAUAGAGAAAUGAAGGUUUGGAUUUAAUCUCGCAAUGUAAAUUCAUAUCAACUCCACUAGGUGAAUUUGUGCUUGUUGAAAUACCAAGUGUGAUUAGAAUCUGGUUCUUCAAGGCCCAUGUUUUCCUAGUUUUCCAAUAUCUACACUGCUCUGUAUUCCCACCACUGUCAAGUGAAUUUGGUCAUCUUGGAGCUGAUAACAAUACAGGAAGAAGUGGGCUGCCAAACCUAGCCAAAUGAUGCGGUUUUUAUUCACUGGGAGACUGGCAGCACUGUGGUUAAUUCAGACUGCUGGAGUUUGGGGUGGUGAGUGAGACAGCAUGAGGAGAUGUAGGUCAGCAUUUUCCUAAAGCAGUCAGGACUGGGCUAAAUGUGGGAUUUCCAACAUGGCACUUGACAUCUUUGGUUAUUUCUCUGUGCUGGUGUCAAAGAUCCAGCCUAGUCCCUUCUGCUUCCAGUGCUUCAUACAGUGCUUCACUUUUCCAUGCAGUAGAGCUUGAAGAAUCCAGCUUGUAUAUAAAACAAUUGGAAAACCUGCAGUGGAAAGUUUUUGCCGUUUGCCAGUAGAUUUCCUAUAUAGCACUUUCUCUGUGCAUGAUGUAAGGAAGAUACCUUGGAUGGGUAAAUAUUUAGUGAGUUUUGUGUGACUACGUAUGAAGAAUUGUGAGGAAAAGGAGUACUCAGGACAAUUCAGGAAGAACUACUUGAGUUAACUCUUAUAUAUUCUGUUCUUUUUUGUACAUUUUUAUAACUGACUUUCAACACUUUUCUGCAGCUGCUUAUACAUAAAAAUUGACAGUAUUUGCUUUUUUGCAAACUAAAUCACUUUGAAUACUCUUUGAAGAGAGGCACAAAGGGAAAACUGCCUCUAGAUGGAGCAGUGUGGAACAGGAGAGGAAGACCAAGAAAGUGCUGUCAAGAACUGCCCUUCUGCCUUUUAACAGCUUUUGUUCUAGAGAACUCCGUGAGCCUAUCCCACACUUAGUCAUGGCCUAGAACUUGGCCAGAGAUGAGGAGAAAACAUGUACAAGUUAGGGAGCUUGAUCUUGGUGUUGAUAUCAGUUUGACUGCUGGUGGAAAGCAUGAGCCUGCUCAUGCUAUUCAUGGCAACUGAAAAAAUUAUUUAAAAGCUUUUACCUUGGGAAAAUGAACUUGUGCCUGUUUUGAGGGUAUGUUUGUGAGUGAAGAAGGCCAGUUUCUGUUUUCAGUCCUGCAGUGAUGGCAGUGGGUAGAGAAGGCUGAAAUCUGGCUUGGCGAAUGAGGACAUAAAGGGCAUGCAACUGAAGUGAGCAAAGCAUUGCUGCUGUAUUUGGUGAUUCCUGUAGCUCCUUUUUCUAGCAGUGAGAGGACACAUGCUCAUUGGCAUCUUCUGUUUCUAGCUCUGAUUUGGGGUUCAUAUGUUUCAUAGUCUUGUUUUUGUCACUUGCCAGCCUGUUGUGAUAGGGAGGCAGCAGUAUUUCAGUAUGAAAUGCCUGGGGAGUUCUGCCUGGUCUGAGUCCAUGCUUAGCAGCUUGUAUUUAUUGACUGUGAGACUGUGACUCUGGGUGGUGUAUUUUAAGCUCAGGUUUUAAUCUGGCCUGGUGUGUUCCAUGUAGAGCAGGACAGAAAAUCCCAGCAUUUAGCUGUGGCUCAGGAAUGUCUCAGCUCCAGCCGUUGCCUCUACCAGCCUUUCACUGGUCUUGAGCAAAGAGUUCAUUCUGUGUCUUCUGCCCAGAGAGCAUGGGUCAUGCUGACAGCAUACCUGAUGUGCAGCUGAGGAUCCUAUUUACAAAACUGAUUUCAAUUAGUGUGCUUUUUUUGCUUAGCACUGUGUAGAUCAUAAAGGGUGAAAGUGCUGAAGGUGAUGUAUUAAUAAUUACAGAUACUUGGGUGUUGCUUGGGCAGGGUCCUGGGAUAUUGCUGUCAGUGUCCAAAGCAGCAGAAAACCAAGCAACUAUUGUGCUGGAGAACAAAAAGGACUGAAAAAGAAGCAGAAUAAGCCUCAUUCAGUCCCUGCCUCAGUCAUUACCCCUUCUGCUACAGCAACUGUCAAAUAAGACCUUGAUCUCUUUGGGAGACUCAUUGUUUCUCAAGUAGCUGGUACAGGGAGAUAUUGGGGUGAAUUCAGUACUCUUGUAUUUAAAAUUAAAUGCUUUUGUGUUCAAAUGCCUUAGUCUAAUCACUUAUAAACAAACCACUCAGUAUUUUAGCAGUGCAAAGGCAUCUGUUUGGCUGAGGAUGGCAAACAAAAGCAACUGUGAUAACAGGGACUUCCAGGCAGGAUGGUGCAAGGCUACUUUAUUGCAAAAAGAACCUCUGUUUUAGGGCUAUUGUGGUAAAUCUCUAGUGAAGGGAAAGCAGGCUUUUACUUGUAAUUUGGUAAUAGAACAUUCUGUUCAAGCAGCAUUUCACCUUCCAGUUAGCUAAUGCAUUCCCAUUAGACAUGCAUCAGUUCUUAGCUUAGAGAAGGAGGGGAUUUUUUUUCUCUUCUGGGUUUUCUCCUGCUGGCAUAUCUAGAGAAUCUCAUUAUCAUCAGAGGAUGUGUGCAACAGUGUGGAACAUGGUGCUUGGAAGAGGAAAAAUAAAUCCAUGCAGGGGAGAAGGCUUAAGAAGGGAGAGAUCCCAGAGAUGCUUGUUUCAGCUUUCUGCAAGAGGCAGGUAUUUAGAGUUUUUCAACGUGACAGCCACUUCAAGAGGCACAAUUGCAGCUGUACAUACCUUAAGCUAUUUAUAGUAACUACGGUAUGAUAAAGCUUGGUCAUAAAAUGUGUGCACCUGCUCUUAUAUUGUUUGGGUUUCUUUUUUAAUUCUGGGAGUUUCUAGAUCCUUUUAUUUUGUAAAGUGAUUAGGAAAACUUGUAUUGCUCUGAAUACGUUGCUUUGUAUGUAAACAUUAAAUUGCACCCUGCCACUUUCUGUAUAUGGAAAUAUCUUUUUUUUAAUUAUUUUUCUUUGCCCUCAGCUUUUAAAAUGUUGGUGUUCCUAUUUCUGUUUGACUUCUUGCAGAGCUAUCACCUUCUAGAACAAAUGCAGGUAUUAAACCAGCUUGUCCUGCCCAGGAAAUUCCUUGGCCCUUAGUAGCUAAAUUUGAUUUAAAGCAGGAAUAUUUCAGAUGUUGUUAGGGAGCUAAUAAAUCAGAUGUGCUGUUUCAUGCUUAUCUCCUACUUGGUUUGGCCAAUCCGUGUUGUCCUCUGGGGUUGUUGUUACAAACCUGUUGCACAGCUUCCCCAUAGAUCAGCACCUUGGCAAAAAGAAAUAGCUUUAAAUUAAAAUGCCACUCUUUCUAGCUGGCCUGUUUGCAAAAACACAGACCCUGUGAAGCUGAUGGCUGGGUCAGGUUCAUAAAACUCUGUUCCAAAGUUUGUGGCUCAUGUGUUCUGCUUGUGCUGCUUUUCCCAGGUUAUUGCUUAAAAGCCAGGCUUGGUGAAAGGCUCUGAAGAUGUGGGCAUCCAUCCCCCAGCUGGCAGCAGUGGCUGCAGGGCUGUGUGAGUGUCUCUCCUGGCACCCACUUUCUAUCCCAUGUCAUCCUCCUGUGAUUUCAUUGGUAGAAAAUCAGCUUUGCACAAUCUGCACCUAUGGAGAACAAAUCCAUCUUGUCCUUGGCACAUGCAGUCUCUAGGAUAUCAAAACCUUGAACACACAAAAGAUUUCCCCUCCACUGACCAACUGUUGCCCUUUUUCCACCUGGGAAGGCAACUGAGGGUGGAAUUUGCCUUUCUUUAGCCAUUGUGUGCUGCAGCAAAUGCUAAUAACAGGUCAGCUACCAAGAGAAUGUUUUAAAUAGCAAAUAUGCUCAUCUUUAGGAACUAAUCUACAGUAAUUAUAAAUACCUACUUAUAUAUGGAAGAGAGUGUGUGUUGUUUUGUUUUUCCUUAAAGUUGUAACUAGAGAUUAUAAGAAGUGAAAGGCAUCCCUUGCAUAAGACUUCUGUUAAAUAUUGUGUGGUUAAAAUCCUUCCAUUAUACAUUUGCACACUUCUUUUCUUCCCCUGCAUGUUCAACUCCAAUUUUUACAGCUGUUUUGUGCAUACAGUAAUGUAUUUUUGUAAAACAUUUUUGACACUGAAUUGCAAUAAAUGUUCAAACAAUGUGAACCACA